AUGAUUGACCAACGAAUCUUUGAGGAUCUUCAAACGAAGAUCGAUGAGGAGACCACCGUCCGUGAUGAGCUCCAUGAUAUUGUCCAGGCACUUGCCAGGAGAGGGCGUUCCACUCAGGCCAUUCUGUCGCGGGCUCAUUCUACACCUGCCGAUCAACUGAAGCCUGUGCUUGACGAUGUCACCAAGGAGAUCAUUGCUCAAAAACAAGAGGUCGCACGUCUGAAGUCCGUGGUUGAUCAGCACCCCUUCUACAAAUAUAACGGACUGUGGACCCGUGAGCUGCAGAACCUGGUUGCCUCGAUUGAGCUUUGCGCUUGGCUUGGUGGUUUGCAGGAACACAAGGGCCCCAACUCAGCAUCAUUCAUGACUAUUGAAGAUGUGGGCAAGUUCCUGGAAAUCCCCGUCAACCUAAAGGAUGAGGAUGCAUUCCACUUGACUAUUGAAGAGUAUCUGCUGGCCCUGAUUGCCAUGGUCGAGGAGCUGUCUCGCUUGGCUGUCAACUCAGUUACACUGGGUGAUUACAACCGCCCGAUGCAGAUUGGUUCUUUCAUCAAAGAACUUUUCGCUGGCUUCCAGCUCCUGAACCUCAAGAACGACAUCCUGCGCAAGCGAAGUGAUGGUAUCAAGUACAGCGUCAAGAAGGUCGAGGAUGUGGUCUAUGACCUGUCACUGCGCAAUCUGGUCCCCAAAGGAGGCCCUUCUGCCUAG